AUGGCCAUUGUUAGUAGUGCUCAUGAAGCUGACGACAUCGACACUUGUCGUCAUAUUUUUGAAUUUAGUGUUAAGUUAGACCCUUCGAGUAGAUUGUGUCUGAGAGAAGCAAACUGUCACACUACAAUAGGAUACUCACUCAUUCAGAGAGCAGUCAAACGGCAGGAUAUUACAUUUUGUCAGCAUUUGAUUGCUCAUGGAGCAUCUGUAAAUUCAGAUGUACCUUACAGCUCCCAAGGUCAUACUCUUAAGGAACCUCCUUUACGUCUGGCAGUAGAGCUGGGACAUUAUGAUUUGUGUCGUUUGCUGUUAGAACAUGGUGCCAGUAGUGAUCCCAAGAUAAAGGGCACAAUAGGUCCAUUGCAUGUAGCUGUCUUUAGUGAACAAAAAGACAUAGUAAGACUUCUUUUGUCUCAUGACGCUGAUAUCAGUAAAGUUCCAAUUGGUAAAGAAGCUGUUUUGAGGAGAUUGGAAGUACACAAAAAAGGCAAAAUGUCAUCAAUCAUUCAGGCUUAUGAAACAUUUCCUGAAGAGAUCGUGUCGCAAGGAGAAGCAGCAUUGCGUGUCUAUCUGUCAUCCUGUAGUGAGGGAUCAGCAGUAAACGUGUUUCUACGUGUUGAUGUUGUUGGACGUGAUGGUGUGGGUAAGACAAGCUUGACAAAGUCUCUCACUCUCCAGAAGUUCAAUCCUGAUGAGCCGAGUACAAUAGGAGUUGUGUUUGAUCCAAAGUGUCAGAUUAUUGUGAAGGAAGCAUGUGACUGGACCAAACCUCUCACAAGUGCUGACUACGCAAAAAUAUAUGAGAAGAACGUUGUGAUCAAUAUGGCAGAGGCACUUGACACACCAGAAGUAAAAGAUCAAUAUUUGAAGUCAAACGAAAGUGAAUAUCCAAGGAAACAGAAUUACACUCGCAUGGCAAAGAAAUCAUCAAAGCAAGAUUUACAUGUCCAGACUGGUCCUGUUGGUUCUUCUCAUAGAAUGCCUUCAAUGCCUCGUGUUCCACCUAAUGAUUCUUCACCGAAGUUGACUGUUCCUUCUCAGAAACCAACAACCUUAGUAGUUCCUGCACAGGCAGUUCCAUCAGGUUUGUCAACCUCAUUGCAAACGUCAUCAAAUUUGUCCACAUUCAAAGACUCUAACGUUUCGUCUCACAUAGCAGCCACAGAUGCAAAAUCAUCAGGUGGUACGGAAUUUGCUGUAGAAUCAUGUUCAUCUUCAGAUCAUACUGAGGCAGAUUUUAGAAAUGUGGACAAUUUAGUUGGGGAUGAAGGAGACAGGAAAUCUAUGGCCAGCAAUUUCUCGUCUGAUUUUCAAAGCAGCCAACAAAGUAAAGCAGUAAACCAGCACGAAAGCAUGGCACCUUCAAAAGAUCCGUUGGCUGGAAAAAAUGCAAAACAGGUGACAUCAUUUAGUUGUGAAAGCCAACAGCAACCACAACAAAAGAAAGACGAGAAUAAAGACGAAACGUCAAGUAAACGUUCUCUAUUCUGCGACUCGGGCAGCACUGAUUAUUAUGCUGAAUUAGACCAUGAGACUACAUCGCCAAACAAGAAGACAGAACCAAUCAUAGCAAGAGCUGAUGCCCAAUCAUGUAAGUACCAAGACAAACAACAACAAAGUUUAACCAAAAGGAAACAACCGGAAGCUCUACCUUUACAAACUGAAAUGACAUCGACUCGCAGUGUUGAUGAUUCUUCUACUGAGAACACAAAUACUUUACCCCAACACUUAAAAGAAAGUGUUUCGAAGAGUCUGAGAGACCCAAAGUCUCGUCAAAAGGCUAAGAAAGAAAUAGUGCUUACUGUGUUGGACUAUGCUGGUCAGAAUGUGUUCUAUGUCACACAUCAUUUGUUUAUGUCAAAGACUGGUUUUAUGUACGUUGUGUUUGAUGCUUGUCAGCCAAUGGAUGGCAAGACUCCAUCUCAGUUUCGUUCAGAAGAUGGACAAAUUGUCCACAUUCCUUUAUUUGAUGACGAAACAAACUUUGAUCGAUUGGAAGAGUGGGUAUCAGGUGUUCAUAUCAUGGAAGGUGACCAGUCACGUCGUAUCAUGAUAUCUGAGGAAGUAGGAAUCAGAUCACCUGUCAUGUUUCUAGUAGGAACACAUUUUGAUAAGUUAAAGGAGCAGCCAGGGAUGAUGGAGAAACAGGAUGCAUUUAUAAGGAAGAAACUGGAGGGCACAGUGUUGGCAGAACACAUCGUAUGGGCCUCUAAAGAUAUGAUGUGUUUCUAUGUGGAUAACACAGUGACAGACCCAGACAGUGGUGUUGUAGAUCCACAGGUGACUCUGCUUCGUCAGAAAACUGAGGAAGUGGCUCACAAGGUGGCCCAACAUCACAGAUUACCUAUCAGCUGGCUCAAGUAUGAACAAAAUGUAAGAGAAUUGAAAGUCUCUUAUCCGACAAAGAGAACAACAACUGUUGAUGAAUUACUGCAGCUUGCCAUGAAAGCUGCUGGAAUCAAAGAUCGAGAAGAGCUGUUGGUGUUGCUACGGUAUUUGAGUAGUCGUGCAGUGUUGAUGUAUCAUCCCAAGGCAUUGAAGAGUGGAGAUGAAGAAGAAGUCGUGUUAGAUGUGGAAUGGUUUGUAUCACAGUUGCAGAAAGUGAUCACAAUACACAUGGAAGGUGAUGUUCCUCCCAUGUUAUCGAAUGAUGUAAAACGCAGCAAAGAGAAAGGCAUUAUGACAAUGUCUCUUGUGAGACAUCUUUUAUCAGAUGCCGGAUCUGCUCAACGUCUCAUUGUGUCAUUGAUGAGCCACUAUGAUUUGCUAUGUGAGUAUCCUGUUAUUGAUGACAAGAAUCUGAAGACAGCAAGUGAUUGUCAUGAUUUUCUUAAUCUGGAAAAAGAAGGGGAAGGUCAAUCACACAGUGAAGAAGAAGAUGAUGUCUUUGAGGGUCAAGCUUGCUUUAUUCCCUGUCUUCUUGAGCAUGCAGUUGGUCUUGAAUCAUACAGGAUGAAUGACAAGUGGAAGUCACUACCUCUCAUCUUGUCGUCUGCUCCCAUCCGCAUUCCUCAGCCAUUAUUCUACAGAGUGCUGACUCUUCUGUGUAAACGUUUUCGUCGUUUGGCAGUUAUUUACCGCAAUGUGGGCUACUUCCACAUCUAUCCUGGUCAUCGAUUGGAGUUUGCUCUCAACAGAUACAACUUUCAAAUGACUGUCUUGUCAGAGACACAUACACCUCUCAAUGCCAAAGUGUGUGUUGCUGUUCGUGAGUGGAUUGUAGAUGUUGUUGAUGAGGCGAAGCAGCAAGGAAUGGCAGGGCUGAAGUUGCAACUGGGAUUUGAUGUCUCUGCAGUGAGUUUAAAAUCAUCUGAUAUCGAGUUCAUCUCUUUGGAUGGAUAUCAACAGUCUCGCUUUCAGCUUUAUAGCAGCGUGACAAACCGAGAAGUUCGACCUCCUCCCAAACUUUCUUUGUGGUAUCCAGACCACAAAUUCUCUCAAUGCGAAAUGACAUCAGCAUUGCAUAUUCCUUUGCGGCCAUCACAGGAAGAAGCUAAUGUUGGAGUCAGCUAUAUGGCACCAGUAAAGUCUCUUCUUAAUGAACCUCCUGCAAGUUGCUUGCUAGAAGUGUCCAAACUUCUGGAUGAAGAAGAUGACUUAGGAGAUGACUGGAGGAGGUUAUGGUCUGAGCUGUUAACCAGACCUCUUAAUGAAGAUGUGGUGAGGAAGAAGAGUGGGAGCCCCACACUUUAUGUUCUAAAGCGAUGGUGCAUGAUGAAACCCUCAAGUGAAGCUACGAUAACACGACUGAUGACGGCUCUUAAUUCUAUAUACAGAAAUGAUGUUGCUUGUGUGCUAGAAGCAUACUGUCAGAGUUCAGAGAUAUGUCCUGCAAUACUAAGGUCACGUUCGGCCACAGUUUGUAAUGCCAACGAGACGGUGACAUCGGAUGAGUUAAUUCGUCUUGCCGACAUCAUAGAAGGAUGUUGGCAACAGUUUGCUUCAGUUCUUGAACCCGACCUGUUUAAUGUUACAGGGAAAAUUGCUGCCAUAAAGAAUGAUUACCCUUCUUCUGCUCUCCAAGCUAAAGCUAUGUUAGAAAUUUGGUGUAAACACCUUGGUGCUAAAGCCCAGCGGCACUUACUUAUUGGUGCAUUAAUUCAACGACGACAAAGAUCUGAUGCAGAGGCUGUGUUUGGAGUAGAAGUUGUAGAGGAGAUGUUAAAGUCACAAGAACAAGUGGCAGGACAGACUGAUGAGCCUCAGCAAUAAUAUCUGCAUAUUAUACUCGAUGAAGAGAAUGCAGGAUCUGUUGUGCCUAUGAUGGACAUCUCAGUUUUGAUCAGACUAACAGCAGCAUCCUAAAGCUCUGUAUGAAUCAAGAUGAACACGACUGAUGUUUCAAUGUUGUGAACCGUAUGUAGUAUUGUACAUGUAAUUACUUAGGGUAGGGAACAUUCAUGAAGUUGUUGUAUUAGCUUCUAUUCAGUAGGCUGGAUGAAUAGUACUAAGUAGGUAGCAUGUUUGAGUGAGUACCAGUAUAUUGCCAAUCAGUGUGUACAAUAAACAGCAGAUUAAAGUUUAG